GGUUGAUCCCUCCCGUGCCUGGGGGGGAGGGGGGGUGUUGAAGGGAAAUGCUGGGUCACUCCUUUCCCUUUCUGAGAUUGAGCUCCCCAGAAAUCAUGGCCAGGCUGGAAUCUAAUGGUCCCAUGGCACACUCAAGGGUGACACAACCGAGCCUACCACGAGUCCCCGAGAAGCGGAUCUUCAUCGACGAGGAUGUGCUGGUCCCCGAUAGUCUUCAAAGACCCACUGUUAGAUCUAGGUCAAACCCAACACCUUAGAUUCUACCGACACUUUCUCUCGAGGAUUUCCAGCAAUAUCGAGCUACUAUCUGCAAUAUAUUUGGAAUCGGAGCUGUCAAUUAUGGUCCGGCUGAGACUCCGAGGCAGCUCCAAAUUAAACUUUCUUUGUCUCCGCCAGACUGGGAUGCUCGAGGUCUCCCGGUCCAUCACCUGAAUAUAAACCCCCUGUCCAGUACCCGUUUCCCCGUUGAUGACUUCAGGCUUGUCCCGUAAAGCUUCACAAUGAGCAAUACUGGGGGUGAUGCCGCCAUCAUCGUGGGGUACCUCCUUGCGACGCUGGCAAUCAGCAUCAUGGGCCUCCGGCUCUAUAUGCGCCGCUAUCGACGACAGUCCUUCGUCAUCAGCGACUAUAUAACCCUUUUCUGCUGCCUUCUUCUGGUCUAUAUCAUGAAUAUCACUCUUGUUUUUGGGACUCUUGGUAACGUUGCCAACACAUAUAUGGCGGGCGAAGUACCGAGUCGCGCCGAUAUUAAGCGUUCCCAGAUGAGCAGCAAAGUCACUUAUGCUGGUGCAAUCAUCUACUUCACCUAUAUUUGGUGCCAGAAGGCCAUCGUUCUCUGCUUCAUCAACCGACUUCUAGGGGUGCUUCCGUGGCCAUACAUAUGGAUUCGCCUCAUGUGGGCCAUACUAGGCGUCACCUACAUAACGUUGCUCCUUCUCUUCCUCACUAUAUGCAGACCACUGAGUCUGUACUUCCAGGUCUAUCCCGAUCCAGGCCCUUGUAUCAGAUCAACAUACCAGUUAUCAGCCCAUGCCGUUUUCAACUGCGUCACCGACGUAAUGCUAAUUAUCCUUCCGAUCCACUGGCUCCUUAAGAUUAGGCGUCCCUGGUACAAACGCGCCCAGCUGAUUGGCCUCUUCUCCAUUGGAAUCGUCCUCGUGAUAAUUUCUGCUCUUCGUUUCCCGUUCCACCAAGGUUCACUCGACACACCCUUGCAAACAAUUCUGAGCCCAAUAGAGGAACUUCUCUCGGCACUGGUUGCCAACGUGCCCACAUUGUACAGCCUCCGACGGGCCAGGCAGCCAGAGACGCCUCCACACCCUACGCAACCACCCCCGAAGAGACUCCCACGAGCGGUCGACAGUAUCAUAAUUAUGCAGACUGUGGAUGUAGAGGAAUCUCGUACAAAUGAUCAGACACUCUCUACGACAAUAACUGAUCGAGCGUUAUCCACUACUAUGGCCGAUCGGAACCUGAAGAACGACAGCGACGGACAUCUUGUUCGCAAUGAUCCGGAAUGAAGCAAAUAAGAGCAUGUAGCAUAUAGAAGGAUCUUACAGGAUCUAUGCAUAGCAUAUAGUACGAGUUGAUGUAUAUAGCGAGACGGCGGACUGACCUGAUUAGCCCUCAGUGCACACAUCCGGGUCCGCCAUACGCAGUGCCCUCUGGACAGGGAGAUUUUCGGG